AUGGAGGACCAGCUGCUGUGCUGCGAGGUGGACUCCAUCAGGAGAGCCUACCAGGACGUGAACCUGCUCAACGACCGAGUUUUAAACACCAUGCUCAAGGCAGAGGAGAACUACCUACCGUCUCCGAACUACUUCAAGUGUGUCCAGAAAGAAAUAGUUCCCAAAAUGAGGAAAAUAGUUGCCACCUGGAUGUUAGAGGUCUGCGAGGAACAGAAAUGUGAGGAGGAGGUUUUUCCACUGGCUAUGAACUAUUUGGACAGAUUUUUAUCAGUGGAGGCCACCAGGAAAACAAGACUACAGCUGCUGGGAGCUACAUGCAUGUUCCUAGCAUCCAAGAUGAAGGAGACUGUUCCCCUAACAGCGGAGAAACUCUGUAUCUACACGGACAACUCGGUCCAGCCUGGAGAGCUGCUGCAAAUGGAGCUGCUGGUUCUCAACAAGCUGAAGUGGGAUCUGGCUUCAGUCACGCCUCAUGACUUCAUCGAGCACUUCCUGUCCAAGCUGAAGAUCUACCCGUCCACCAAGCAGAUCCUCAGGAAACACGCUCAGACCUUUGUAGCGCUCUGUGCUACAGAUGUCAACUUCAUCGCCAGUCCUCCAUCCAUGGUAGCAGCAGGCAGUGUGGUGGCAGCUGUUCAGGGUCUCUAUCUGAAGAGCCAGGAUGCCUCCUUGUCCUCCCAGAACCUCACUAGCUUCCUGUCACAGGUCAUUCGCAGUGACCCGGACUGCUUGAGGGCAUGUCAGGAGCAGAUAGAGUCUCUGCUGGAGUCUAGCCUGCGGCAGGCUCAGCAGCACAGCAGCACCACAGAAACCAAACGUGUGGACGAGGACGUGGACCUGUCCUGCACCCCAACAGACGUCAGAGACAUCAACAUCUGAAAGGACUGAAUGUGUCGCACAAUGACCUAAUGUUUGAGGGAAAGUUAUCGACAGAGGGUGGUGACAGGUGGAUCUGGGAGGGGGUGCACCCACCCCCAACCCCUUCUUUCUGGUGGGCUGCUAUCAUGGCCGACAUGUCACUCACAUGCCCGCUGUCCACUAUGACUGCCAAGUCAGGGCCGAGCGCCCUCUGCCUGCCCCACAACAAACCCCAAGUCACAUUUCCUGCCGGUGUCCCCUCCCAUCCUGGGAAAAAAAAUGAACACUUCAGAAAUGUACACGAGAGAAAAGACAGAACACGGAAGAUCUGCAUGGGCUGGAGUCAAAGCCACAAAGCAGACGCCCGAAUAGAUAUGUUUUCUUAUUCCCUCAAAUAUUAAACUAGGAUUUUAAAAAUUAUCACAGACUCUACUUGCCUACUAAAACAUCUCAAAGUGUCAUGUGUAGUAGGUUGUUGUAGUUUGUCUUCAGGACUUCACCUGAACUCUGACUUUUAUUCACAGAAGGUUUUUGUUUCAUUUCUCUUCUGUUGUAUCUAUGUUUUAGAAUGUUUUAGACUUCCUGUCCAAGCUCCCACGUUUGUCUCGUUAAAGCGCAGACAUUCAUAUACCCCUGCUUGCUUAUGUUUAGUCACUUUAUUAUAUAUAAUUUUAGACCUCUUCAUCAAUUAGUCUUAUACCUCUUUUCUUCCAAGCUUUUUUUUUUUGUUUUUUGUACCAAGUGUAUUGUGAGAUGCUCUGUUCAUAUGACCCUAGUGACAGUGGACUGCUGAUGUUAAGGUGUGGACAAAUCUUGAUUGAUUCUUUGUUCAUUCAUUCACAAUGUUUCAGCUUGCUGUUGAUAAGAUCAAAUCAAUGCGCAGCCAAGCAGAGCAGUCCACAGUGUGUUUCAUUCCUCUGUGUACUAAACCAUUCCAACUUUGUUUUUGAAAAAAAAAAAGCACUUUUGGUCAGCGCUGCUGGUCGUCUAAAAAAACACAGUGAUAAAGUUUGUAAAACAACAUGAAAAUAGAAUGGAGGUUUGAGCAGUAGUCUUUUGGUGAUGGAGAGAAAGAACAGCACCUGCAGACCUGGAUCUGAUUUAUCUAAUUGAGCAGUAUGGCAGAACUUUUUUUUUUAAACAAGACUGAAUGCUGCUCGACACUGUCAUGAGUGGCUUGCUGUGUCUUCCUUCCAGGUCUCAGAUUCGAGUUUUACUUCAGCAAAUGUUUCACACAGGCUGAGCUGCUCUUACAUUUGAAGAAAUGUUGCUUUAGUUAAAUGUCAGUGUGCAGAGCCACAAGCUGAAGGUCCAGAGGUAAAAUUAAACAAGUAUUAUUUUGAUAUUUCAAAUAAUACUUUUUUAUAGUGAAACAUAUUUAUUUUUUUAGCUUGCCUUUUCAAGUUUGCUAAUUAACCAUGGCUCCACCUACUGAUGUUUAACUAUGUCUGCCUCCAGAGCAGCCCUGCCGUCCAGAAGUAUUUGUAAAACUCCAGUCUGCCUCUAAAUCACCAGGACAGCACCUCCUCCAUCGCUCCACCUCAGUUCAAAUACUGCUCAAGGAUUCUGGGAAGGGGAUAAUGCUAAAAAAUGGGGGGGUGGGGGGUUGUUGAGACUAUUGACAUGAUUUUGCACAAAGCUAAAAGACGUCGGCUGCGUUUCUUUGAGACUUGCCAAAAAAAUGGAGAGCAAAGCUGGCAAGAGCACAGAGGGGUGAAGAGGUAGCAAAAGUGGCAAAAAGGGUGAAGGCUCAACAGGGAGGUGUGUCUUAAUGCUGUAGAGUUCAAGUCAGGGUUCCUACACAGGGCAGGAACACUGUCAUGACCAGGUCCAUAUAUAGUUCAUAUAUGAAGAAAGAAAGACAGACAGACAGACAGACAGACGGCUCCUCAAAUUCAGCUCUGGAAGAAAGGACGGAGUUCCUCAAGUGUCCAGCUGUGUAGGAACCCUUUUAUUAGGUUUCUGAUUGUACAAGGAUAGAAAGUAGGAGAGAAACACUCCUUGUAUUCCGCUGCUAUAGAAAAUAAAUCCCAGCUACGUGUUUAAAAAAAAAAAAAAAAAAAAAAAAAAAAAAAAAAACGUAAUGGAUUAAAAAACGAUGCUUUUCUCUUGUUUGCUGCUACAUUUUUGGUUGGUUUUUUUUUUUUUUUUUUUACACAUAUAAAUGUCAAUAUACUGCCAUUCUAGGUCUGAAUUUUCUCAUAGAAAAUUGUGUUAUUGACAUCCUCAUUUGUUGUUUUUAUGUAGAUUCUGUGUGAUCUUUUUUUUGGUUUUUAAUUACAUAAUGGUUUUCCAAACUAUUCCAAAAAAUGAGAAAAAUGAGAUAAUGUACAGAAAUGCUUUGAUCCACAAUACCUCAUGUGACAGUCAAGAUCUAUCUCUAAUUUGUAGUCUUUUUUUUGUUUUAGUUUUAUUUGUUUAUUCUAUUCUACUUGUUGGUUCAGUGCCUACUAGCUCUGUUAAACCUGCUUGAGAUGAAGCAUCCAUGAUGGAAACCAGCGAGUCCAGGGCAUGCUUUGAUACUGGUGCCAUAACAGAAAAUGGGAUAUGUAUAACUCUGUUGAGUGUUAAACUGUCUCGGUGAAAGAGACUUUACCCCCCUUUAGGCCCAUAGUGGCCUUCUUUCCUUUACCCUUUUUAUAUUUAUAAGAAAAGCUUUUUGUUCCAUUUUUCAAACUGUCAGUGAGUUGAUUUGACUUUGUAAAUAGAUUCAGUGUCGUGCUCGGUAAGCCAUAGACUGUUUUGUUUUGUUUUUACAAAUCAUUCCCACAGUUGUGUCUACUUCAUGCCAGUUGUUGGUAACUGGGACAAACAAUGUAUUCAUAUUUGUGUCAACUACACAAUAAAAACAUGAAUUAGA